GAAUCGAACAUUUUAAUCUAAUAAUUAACCUAAAGUCUUUCUUUUUCUCUCUCCUCGUGACCUUUAAAAACCUCCUCCAAUAUUCCACACCCAAAACAAGACAGACAAGACAACACGAAAAGAAAAACAAAACAAUCAACAAUGGUGGUGAAGAAGAAAAUCUCAUGGAGAUCACUAGUCGCUAGCUGUUUAGGAGAUCCAGAUAUCAUAAUGGCUCCUCCUCAGAAACCCAAGAGAAAAGAUGACGUCAUCAAGAAACAGAGCUCGUUUCAGAGACUAUCGGUUCUUGAUUUGAGCAACCCGAGUUCCAACACUUUAUCAGAAGACCUAUCGAUUUCUCUCGCUGGAUCAGAUCUUCACAAAUUCACGCUCGGCGAGCUUAAAAUCAUUACACAAUGUUUUUCCUCAACCAACUUCCUCGGUGAAGGAGGGUUUGGUCCUGUUCAUAAAGGAUUCGUCGAUGAUAAGCUUCGUCCUGGUCUUAAAGCUCAGCCUGUCGCUGUUAAAUUGCUCGACCUUGAAGGUCUUCAAGGUCACCGUGAAUGGCUGACAGAAGUCAUGUUUCUCGGACAACUAAAACACAAAAAUCUUGUGAAACUGAUUGGCUAUUGCUGCGAGGAAGAACAUAGGACUCUUGUUUACGAGUUUAUGCCUCGUGGAAGCUUAGAGAAUCAACUUUUCAGAAGAUAUUCAGCGUCGCUUCCAUGGUCAACGAGGAUGAAGAUCGCUCAUGGAGCUGCAACGGGUCUUCAGUUUCUUCACGAAGCAGAAAAUCCUGUAAUAUAUCGGGAUUUCAAAGCUUCCAAUAUCUUGUUAGAUUCGGAUUACACAGCUAAACUCUCUGACUUUGGAUUAGCCAAAGACGGACCAGAAGGAGACGACACGCACGUUUCAACGCGCGUGAUGGGCACGCAAGGCUACGCAGCACCUGAAUACAUCAUGACCGGUCAUCUAACAGCGAGGAGUGACGUGUACAGCUUCGGAGUUGUUCUACUCGAGCUUUUGACCGGUAGGAGAUCGGUAGACAAGAAAAGAUCUUCAAGGGAACAAAAUCUCGUGGAUUGGGCUCGUCCAAUGCUCAAGGACGCUCGUAAACUUGAUAGGAUCAUGGACCCUAGGCUUGAAGGUCAAUACUCAGAGACUGGAGCAAAGAAAGCAGCAGCUUUGGCUUACCUAUGCUUAAGCCAUCGACCCAAGAACCGGCCUUGUAUGAGCACAGUCGUCUCUAUCCUCGACGAUCUUAAGGACUAUAAUGAUAUUCCCAUGGGGACUUUCACUUACACGGUGCCGAAUACUCCCGAGAAGUCAGUUUCCGAUAAUAGAGAAGACGAAGGUCGUGUUAGGGAAAGUAAUAAGGCUCGUAAGAGUCAUCAUCAUCGAUCAUCGCCAACGGCUAACUCUCCGAGGACUAAGUCUCCAACAGCUAAGUCGCCCGGCGGAGGAAACCACCGGACAACUUUGCGAAAUGGAUUGAACUCGCCUAUGAGAAAUGAGGCUGGUGGCGAACGGUACUAAGUUUUCUGGUCUCACCUACUCUUCAAAUUAUUAUUAUAAAAAAUCUAAUGUAAAUAAUUAAAUAGUUUGUUGUUUUUUCAUCUCUGAAAAAUUUAUAUAUCUUUUUGUGAAAAAUGUUAGAUGGUCUUUUCUUUGGGGAUCAAUUUGAUUUAGAUAUUUUUGUCGUUUC